AUGGGUAAUGAAGAAAGUUUAGUUAAACUGGACCCGAACAAGAAACUAUUGGAUCUAUCUAGGAAAGGGAUCACCAGUAUUGACAAUGACAUCGAAGAUCUUAAAACAAUCUAUCAUUUAUUGUUAAAUGGAAAUCAUAUUCGAGAUUUACCAGAAGAUUUGCCAGAACUGAAGACAAUACAACUACGAGAUAACGAUUACAGUUCCAUUCCUGAUAGAAUUGCCCAAAAAAUCAAAAAUUUUCCAAAUUUAGUUAUUAUUGAUUUUUCAUAUAAUUCAAUUACGAAGAUACCGAAGCCGAUUUGUGAAUCAACAUCACUUGCUUCCAUGUGUUUUUUCAAUAAUUCUAUUGCAAUUGUCCCGAAAUUAAAUGAUAUUCUUGUACAAGUCGAUUUAGGUCAAAACAAGCUUAAAAAAUUUCCAUUCAUGCCUAAGAACCUUACAAAAAUAGCACUGGACUACAACCAAAUCGAAAUACUCAACGACAAACACGAAGAAAUUCGAAAAAUUGUUUUACAAAGAAAUUUAUUGAAAGAAAUCGGUCCACAGACAUAUUUCCCUAAUCUACUACAGAUAGACUUAAGCUUCAACAAUCUGAAGGCAUUUCCACCUAAUUUCGAUCAAAUGGUGCCGAAAUUAAAAGGAAUUUUCGUAUCUCAUAAUCAAUUACAAGUAUAUCCGAAAUUACCUUUAACAAUACAAGAAGUAGACUUAUCCUUUAAUCUUAUAGAUAAAGUACCUGAUAAUUUCGGCUCAUUUACAUGUCUUUGUCGAUGUAAUCUUUCAAAUAAUAAAAUUGUCAAAAUUUCUCAAGUUUCUUCAACUCUACAGUCAUUAAACUUAAACAACAAUGAAGUAAAAGACUUCCAGUUGAAUCAUCUUCCUGAUUUGGCCCAUUUAUACUUGAUGGGAAAUAAAUUAUCGAAAUUACCUCCUGUUAAAGGAAUAAUGUUCAAUAAUAUGUAUCUUAGGUAUAAUAGGAUAUCAACACUUAACUGUAAUUACUUAGUUGAGACAACUCACGUUAUUGAUUUAUCAUUUAAUGAAAUUAAGGAAAUUCCUGACGAAUUCUUCCAAUUAGAGAGUCUAUUCGACUUGAUAUUGACAGGUAACAAGAUUACUUCUGUCAAUCCUAACAUUAUUAACUCAAAUUUGUCAAGAUUAAAUUUAUCAGCGAAUCCACUCUCUGAAUUACCAGAACUACCUGACUCUUUGGAAGAACUAUAUAUAAAUGACUGUAAUUUCAAGACUCUCGAUGAGAAACUCGCAGAAAAUAAAAAUUUAAUAACUCUUCACGCGAAUGGAAACAAAUUAACGACAAUUCCAUAUAUUCCUUCGCUUCAGAAUAUAGAACUUGCAUCAAAUGGACUAACAGAGUGUCCAAAACUGCCAAAUGGAAUGAUUUCCAUAAAUCUUGCAUUCAAUUCCAUAGAAAACCUUCCAGAACUAAACUCCAAAGAUACCUUAGAGUUCCUAGAUGUAUCAUAUAACCCUUUGAAGUCGAUUCCAAGCUUAAAAUCUUAUAUUCAACUGAAAUAUCUUAUUUUGACAGGUACAUUGUUGAAUAUGACCGUCAGUUUUGAUCAUAUGCCCAUUUACAUUGACUCUACUUCUGCACAAAUAAGUUUUCCGCCAAAAACAAUUUAUCCAUAUUAUAAUUUCAACUCAACAACGGAAGAAGGUAGCAGAUAUAGGUCAAUCAAUAACUUUGUGGUAUAUACAACUAAGCCAAGUGAGUAUUUCAACCACGGAGAUUUUAUUAUCAGCCAAAUUCCUCCGAAAGUCUCUUCUCCUGUUUUCGGAAUAAUCGACAGGACAAGUAACAUCAGGGAAGCCAAGAUUUUUGCUGAUAAAAUGCUUGAAUCUCUGAAAAAAUCUGGAUAUACCAAAAAAGGGUUCAAAAAAGCUUUUCAGAAGUCAAUGAAGCAGUUGAACAUCAAAGGAUAUAAUUCCUAUUACUCCUGUUCAUUUGCUGCGAUUCAAAACAACAAAAUUAUUUGCGGAUUAAUGGGAGGAGCCUCUGCCUUUAUUUCCACGAAGACAGAGCUCUUCCACCUUGGUGGGUACAAGCCAUUCACUAUGUUUGCCACGAAACAUAGCAUUUACGGCCAUCUUUAUGACGAACCAAACAAAUCUGAGUUUUAUGUCCACAAAACAACUCAGAAACAGGAAAUAUUGGCGUACAAAGUCGAUGACAGCUUGAGAUUCCUUAUUUUGAUUUCUCGUGCUGUUGUUGACACUUUGUCUUUUGAUGAAAUCAAGAAAUGCGUUUUAUCUUCAUCAAAUGCACAAAUGGCUGCGUCAAACAUCAUGACAAUGGCCACGUCUGCAAUGUGUAAUGAUAAUAUUUCUGUAUUGGCUGUUUAUUUACCGCCUCUUGUUAUUUAA